UAAUUGUCAAUUUACCGUACUCCUACCCCUCGCUAUUUUCUUCUCCUACAAGCCGACGCCCCUGCCUCCAGCUCAGCUGGCAGUUCCUGUCUUUCUUCCACUCGUGCCGCCCCAGCCUCCGUUCUAGUGAUUUUACAUUUAUUUUCAUCUCCCUUUGUUUCUGGGAAUCUUCUGCCUGUAGGUUCAAAAGUUUUCAGGAUUUCCUUCCCUUUUUUUUAAGACUGCAUUCCUUCAGAAAUUGUGGCAUGGGUGGUUUACCUGUUGUAAAUUCUUCAUCAGCCAUAGCAUUGCCGGAAUCGAAACUUGACCAAGCGUCAACAGUGGUCAAGUCGACCCCAGAUGGAAAACCAAAAAAGAAGAUAUGUUGUGCCUGUCCCGAUACUAAGAAGCUUAGAGAUGAGUGCAUAGUGGAGCAUGGUGAAGAAGCAUGUGGAAAAUGGAUCGAGGCUCAUCGUAAGUGUCUUCGCGCGGAGGGAUUCAACGUCUGAACUUGAUAACCUAAUACAAUGAAAGAUUUGAUUUUCUGCUAGUUUACAGUUUAGAUAUUUGAGAGAUACAGAUACCAGAGAAAAUUGAGAAAUAAAGUGAGAAAGAAGGUAUAGCCAAAGCUGCAAUGCAGUAAGUACAAUUUGGCUUCGUAUUUUUGUAGGCUCGGGCCUUUGUUAUUGACUUACUGUAUUAAUUUCCUCAUGUUAUUCAAAAUUUCUUACUAUUUCUUCUUUA